AUGGUUAACUUCUCAGAAGUAUUGUUUCGACAGCGUGAAGUAUUGGAUCCCAAACAAAGAAAUCCAAAAUGCGAGACGGUUCGGCUUGAGUGGACUAGUACCAGGGGGGAGACCUCCUGUGAAGCUCCAUCAAGUGACCCUCAAUCACACACUAGGCCAUUUGUUUGCACAAUUGAUGAUUGUCGUUCUACUUAUAGAAGAAGGGAUCAUUUGAACCAUCGUCUUCUUCAGCACCAAGGAAAGCUUUUAAGUGUCCAAUUGAGAACUGUAAGAGUGAAUUUGCUUUUCAAGGUAACGUGAAGAGGCAUAUUGUAGAAUUUCACAGUGAGGAUCGCCCUUCGACUAGCGUUGAAGGUCAGAAGGAGCAUGUGUGCCAGGAACCUGGUUGUGGAAAGGUGUUCCAAUUUGCUUCAAAGCUGCGGAAACACGACGGUUCUCAUGGUAG